CAGGCAGCUCUGCAGUGUGUUGCUGUGUGAGUGGAAAGCACAAUCCGCAUGGAGCCAGCGCAGUGCGAGAGAGCCUCUAACAAGCUGUGAAUUAUGGCUGGACGCACAAGUGCACAAGAGAUUGCUGCAGACGUCUGGACCAUGUGACGGAAGAUUACACAAAACCUGGUUUCAAAUGAGGAGGCGCAGCAGCAGCACGUCAACUGACUCACACUCAGCUUAAUCACAUUUGAGUAUUGAAAGAUGCUCCAGGACGUUUUGCUUACGUUGGAUACAUAAAGUGGGUUUUGGUCUCGUCUGUCGUCAUCAGCAUCAACAAUUUUACAAAAAGACUCCCCUGCUGGAACAAAGGGGGCGGGGGCUACAAUGUGGCCCCCGGACCUCGGACCUCCAGACGUCCAGCUGACUCUUCCGGGGUUCGGCAGCGUGUUUGAAGAUGUCGAGGACCUCCAGGCGCCGGUGUCGCCCGGCGGCCUCUGCCGUACAGUGCCGUCCCUCCACUCAGGGGGUCUCAGUAUGUGCUGCCAUCCAAGGACUUCCCUGUCCCUCACCUCCCUGGGCCGCGACCUCUCCUCUCUCCUCUGCUCCUCCUGUAAGACUAGCGGAUCGCACAUAAAUAAAUCUUUAGAUGAUUUUGCUCCCUCGGCACACACAGAUCCAAAAACCAGCACCCAGUGGCGUGAUAGCUACCCCCAGCCCCGCCUCCCUAUUUCCCACAUGCUCUCCACCUCUCCUCCCUACUGCCCCCCCUCAUCCUCCCUUUCCUCCACCUCCUCAUCGUUAUUUUUGACCUCCACCUUGCCUCACAGUGGUGCCCUCGCCGCCCAGAUGCCCCUCAACAAGGCGUCCCAGCAACAGCAGAAGCUUCAGGACGAGUAUCAUGCAAUAAAACAAGAGCCAGCGGAUGAUUUCCUGCCCUGUAAGGGGGAACCGUUUCAACUCAACAACCAGCAGAGGGAGCUGUUUCAUCUGGGCCAGCCGCUCCACAGGGGGCAGAGCCACCCUGGUCAGGACAGCACCCAGUCCCCUCUUCAUUCCCCGGGGCUGUCUGCACCAGGAGAGGACACCGCAGGCAGCCAACAGGGCCAGCCGUGCCGCUGGAUCGACUGCAGUGCCACGUACGGCCAUCAGGAGGAGCUGGUCAGGCACAUCGAGAAGGUGCACAUCGACCAGCGCAAAGGGGAGGUGUUUGCCUGCUUCUGGGCCGGCUGCGUGCGCCGCCACAAGCCCUUCAACGCCCGCUACAAGCUGCUCAUCCAUAUGAGGGUCCAUUCGGGGGAAAAGCCCAAUAAAUGCAUGUUCGAGGGUUGCUCCAAGGCGUUCUCACGGCUGGAGAACCUAAAGAUCCACCUGAGGAGCCACACGGGAGAGAAACCAUACAUCUGCCAGCACCCCGGCUGCCUCAAGGCCUUCAGCAACUCCAGCGAUCGGGCCAAACACCAGCGCACCCACCUGGACACGAAGCCGUACGCCUGUCAGAUCCCGGGAUGCACGAAGCGCUACACGGACCCCAGCUCGCUGCGCAAGCACGUCAAGGCCCACUCGGCCAAGGGGCUGCAGGAGCGGGACAUGAAGGUUCAAGUGCACUCGAUGCUGGAAUCUGACAUGUUGACUGACUGCCUGGCGAGGCAGCAUCUCCACAGCUCGGCCGCCUCCCACCGAGGAAACGGCUCGCCUGUGCCGGGCUUAGACGACUUUACAGGCGUUUACUGCAACACCGGCAGCGUCCACAACAGGGCGAGCUCGGAGUUUCUCCCGCCGUCCGCCGACUCUUGCCCCAGGUACCCGGGCUUAGAGGGAAACUUCAGCGCCAGCAGCCCGAUGUCUUCACUGACAAGGCCAGGCGGCAUGGGACAGGGGGACAGACUGGCAUCGUCAUUCAUGCCCACUGAUGCCACUCCGAUGAGCUCGGCAGACAGACUGGACGCCAUCAGAGUGCACGGCCACCACAAAGCCUACAGCCACCAGGAACUACUCUCAGAUCAACAAGGCUGUCUGUAUGCAGAAGGUAAAGCCAUCCCACCAGCCAGCGAUGGAGGCUUUGAACCAACCAGUUACUUCACAAACGCCUCUGCAUCUCACUCCACAGGGUUUGACUUGUUGCAGGACCUCCAGGGCCAGGCCGGGGGCGGCUACUCCAUCUCCCCUUGCCCAGACGACAGCUUCCUCUUCCAGGCGGGAAGCGUCGACCGCUGCCUCAGUCAGAUCUAUUCCAUCUACCUGGACCCAUGAUGCAAAACCAGAAACAGAAACAGAAGCAGAAUCACUUCAUGCUAAAUAGUGCAACAGCUGCACAAGGAAUUUAAUCUGGUUACCUGAAACAAGUCAGCACAGGAUGAACACACACACACACACACACACACACACACACACAGGUACAGGAUAAAAUGUAGCAUGAUGUCACAUACAGUGCAGACAAGACACACUGUAUGGCAGUAGACUAAACAUAAAUACUGCAGCAGAUUAUGCAUUCAAGGCCUGAGGAAUUGCCCUAGAGUGGCAGGUUUAGUCGCAGGUGUUUAGUCACAGGUGUGCAGAUUGAAGUUUAAUGAUAUAAA